UUAAUUGAAAAUGGCCACAUUUCUUGAACAAAGGCUGGCUCAAGAAUGAUACAGGGUUCACGAAUUUCUUUUUCUGCUUCUUCCCAAUAUGAACAGCAAAAUGUCCCUUUGCAACAUAUCCUGAUGUUGAGGUCUUCUGGAGAACUCACUUAGUAUUAGCAUUACAAGAUAUGUGCAUAGCCAUGAUUCUAUACACUACUUUUAUCUGUCAAGUAGAGUGACGAAAGAAGAAUUUUUUUCGAUAAAUUGGAUGUGUUUAUAUAGUGAAUGGUAAGUCAGAAGACAUCCUGAUAUUUACUGGUGAAUGAUUAGAAAAGCAUUUAUAAGCCAUACUAGAACAACAACAAUAGCACAUGGAAUUGCUUUUAUACCGACUGACAAGCAUUUGGUGAUUUUACUUAUUAGGCCAAAUAUUUUGAGAGACUCAAGGCCCUACCUUUUCACAUAACCUUAGGUAUUAGCUCUUCCUAAUUUCUUUUCCAAAAGAGUUGAAUUUUGACCAAUCAAUGAGGUUGAGCAUUCUUCUAUCUUAACUAAUGGCAACGUUGAGGGUCUCAUCUAUUUAAAAAUGUCUUGUUUCUACCAAAAAUAAGAUAGGAAGAAACCUAUCAUCUUCCACAACUUCAAACUAUAGCUUCAUCCACAAAUUUAAGGCCCCAUAUCAAGAUGACCAACAGGCAGCAACACAUGGCUUUGCCUUCAGUAGUUGGUGGCAAAAAUUUAAGCUCCAACAUCUUGUAUAAAUUAUCCCCUUUCCAUGAGCCAUUUCAUCAUCAACCAUAAGCAUUUACUACUCAGAUUUCAAAGGUCUCUUACUUUAUUGUUUCCAAUCUUCAAGAGAAAAACAAUGCUAAGUGCUAAGAAGCUCAUCAAGAUGGCUAGGAAAUGGCAGAAGUUCGUAGCCAUGCAGAGGAAGAGGAUUUCACUUCCAAGAAAUGGAAAUGAUGCAGUCAGUUGUAGUACAUCUUCAUCAUUUGUAGCCGGAAAAGGCCAGUUUGUAGUGUAUACAACUGAUCAAAGGCGCUUUGUGAUUCCAUUGGCUUAUCUGGAAAAUGAGCUCAUUUUGCAACUUUUAAACAUGUCGGAAGAAGAGUUUGGCAUGCCAAGUGGCGGCCCUAUUACAUUGCCAUGUAAUUCAGCUUUCAUGGACUAUAUUGUUUCACUAAUCAAGAAAGGUGCAACUGCUGAAGAUCUUCACAAAGCAUUGUUUCUUUUAAUUAGUUCAAGUUGCUCUUCAACUUCUUCUUUGCACCAAGAAUGGAGAAAUCAGCAACUCCUUGUUUGUUGAGCCAUGUUCAUUAUCUUUAGUAAAUGGUAGCUCAAACGUAGGUAGUUGAAAGUGUGUAUACAAAUGGAAUCGAGAUUUAUAUGAAAUUUAACCAGAUUGAAAUC